AUGGGUAGCAGUUACCAGCGGAUGCAGGAUACACCACUCCUCGGAUUUCCGCGUCCCAGGUUCAUCCAUCUCUUUGUGCUGCUGCUUGGUCUUUUUCAAAUGUCUUCAGGUGUUGACCAAGUGUCCAAGUCAGUGAAAGAAAAGGUAUCGCUGCCCUGUCGUUACAACUUUUCUCAUGAAGAGCUGCCCAUACUCCGAAUCUACUGGCAAAAACAAGGCAAAAUGGUGCAGUCUAUCAUCUCUGGGGUACAAGAAGCGUGGUCCGAGUAUAAGAACCGGACUUUACUUGACAACACUAACUACUCUCUUAUCAUCCUGGGCCUGGGCCUUUCAGACAGGGGCACAUACACCUGUGUCGUUCAAAAGAAUGAAAGAGGAGCUUAUGAAGUUAAACAGAUCACUGAAGUGUUGCUGUCCAUCAAAGCUGACUUCCCUACCCCUAACAUAACUGAAUCUGGAAAUCCAUCUGCCGACACUAAAAGGAUUACCUGCUUUACUUCUGGGGGUUUCCCAGAGCCUCGCCUCUCUUGGUUGGAAAACGGAAGAAAAUUAAAUGGCAUCAAUACAACAAUUUCCCAGGAUCCUGAAUCUGAACUGUAUACCAUUAGUAGCCAACUAGAUUUCAAUACGACAAGCAACCACACCAUUCAGUGUUUCAUUGAAUAUGGAGACGCUCAUGUGUCGGAGAACUUCACCUGGGAAAAAAAACCCCCUGAAGACCCUCCUGAUGAAAACAGCACAGUUGUGACCAUCAUGGCAGGAUCCGGUGCAGUAAUAAUAACAGUUGCCAUUGCCAUCAUCAUCAAAUACGUCAUUGUCUAUAAACACAGAAGCUGUUUCAGAAGAAGAAAUGAGGCAAGCGGAGAAACUAUCAACAGCCUUUACACAGGGCCUGCAGAAGCAUCAGCUGAACAGACUGUCUGAAGGUCUCACCUACAUUUGCAACUGACCUCUUCUGUGUCUUCAGAAACCUAGCACUACUCAACCAUGCCCUGCCAACGUGUUCUCUAGCUGAAGCUUCUCCAGUGGUUUUGCACAAGUUCUGAGAGGACUAUAACACCUACCACAGUAGUUCUGCUGAUUCUGAAAAUGUAGUUUAGAGACUGAACUGAAUUCGUUGGAAGGGAUAUUAGGGAAGACUCACACAUCUGUACCCACACCCCACUAUUACGACUCCGACUCCUCCUCCUCCUCCUCCUCCUCCUCCUCCUCCUCCUCCUCCUCCACACACACACACACACACACACACACACACACACACACACACACACAUACACACUUAGUAUUUUAAGAUACGGUUUCAUUCUUUUGCUCACAGUGACACAGAAUCACUCUGUGGCUGAGGCAGGCUUCAAGCAUGCAGCAAUCCUCCUGCAGCAGUUUCCUGAGUGCCAGAAUUGCAGGUGUGAGCGACUGCACUUAGCAGAACACUAGCUGUAUUAAUGAAGACACUGAGGUUCCAGGAGGGAACCUGAAUGAUGAAGGUGAGUCAGAAUCCAGAUUUCCUGGCUCUACCACUCUUAACCUGUAGAAGUUAGACCCCAAGCUCUGAGCUCAUAGACAGGAUAAUUUAAAAUGCUUUUAAUAAGCAAAAGGCUAAGUUAGUAUGGGGCUCAGAAUAUUGCUUACUGGCAAUAUUUGACUAACAUCUAUUUUGUUUGUUUGAUUUUUAAGACCUACUGGCCCUAGCGUAAUUUGUAGGAAACAUGUUGGUAUGUAUAUCCAUUUGAGGGUAAUAAAAGUGUAAUUUUCA